CAUAUUUUAUGAUUAGAUUGUCCCCAAUAUACUGCAUAUAUAUACCAGCGUUUUGUCGGGAGGGGAAGCGACUUCAUAAACAUGGGGGUCGCUCACACCAUGACAAUUCUGUAUUUAUUUUUUGUGUAUUUAAUUACAAUUACUGAACAGAAUGUCCGACAACGAAGGCAAAUAUCACCGGAACAGCCACGUAUGAUGACAGUGAACGGACACCUCAUAUUUCAGACGGGAACCAAUCACAACAUCACUUUCAAAUCCCUGGGUGGGGGAUACGUCAACAUUGAUGGAGAAAAUGUUCAACGGCUUGCCACCAUGAUCAAGAGCAACAAAGCAGAAAUUGAUCACCUGAAAACUUCACCAACUGUGGCUCCCAGUAAUUUGGAAACCCGGGUGACCAACAUCGAACAGCGACUAAACAACCUGCAGCCGACAGGAGAGGUGCAGAAUCAGCUAAACACACUACGCAACCGGGUCAAUGCCCUGGAGGUCAAUGUGCCAAGUAACUUGUUGGGGCGUUUAACACAGAUAGAACAGCGAUUAAAUUCCUUAACAUCGUCAAGUGACCUUCAGACGACCUUAAAUGAUAUAAGGUCAAGGUUAACUACAUUAGAAAACAGAAAUCGAUCCAGUAACAGGCAAAACCGGAGAUGGAAUAGAAGAAUCAACCAAGUCCGGAACAGGGUUUCUACUCUGGAGGAUACCGUCCAGUCUCUGCAACAGCUGCUCACCCAAAAUGAAUGCAAUUCAAACCCAUGUAGGAACGGAGGAUCGUGUGUGGACCGAUACAAUGGCUUCUUCUGUCAAUGUCCCCCGUCUUGGAAGGGCACCUUGUGUGAUGUAGACGUGAAUGAGUGCUCAGAGUUUGCUGGGACGGACCUCGGAUGUCAGAAUGGGGCAACAUGUGUCAACACUCCAGGAAGUUUUACGUGUCAGUGUAUGGCUAACUGGUAUGGAAUCCGAUGCUCUGAGCGCCAUGACGACUGCAGUCAGGCAUCACAUGAAGAACUCUGCGGACAUGGAACAUGCAUUAAUUCUGACCGAGUACAACCUGGGCAGCCCAAAUAUACGUGCAUAUGUGAGGAUGGUUGGACAACGGGCAGCUCUGGCCCGAUGUGUGUAGUGGACCGUGACGAGUGUUCAGAGCCAGGUUCGCGGUGUUCUGUGGAUCCCAGUGUGCCAUGCAUUAAUUUUCCGGGCUCGUUUACCUGCGGACAAUGUCCAGCUGGUUUCUCUGGAAAUGGGUUUUCCUGUGUGGACAUCAAUGAAUGUGAAGUCAAUAAUGGAGGCUGUUCUUUGAACCCGCGGGUGGACUGUACCAACACGAGGGGGUCACGGACCUGCGGACCCUGCCCACCUGGUUACCAGGGUAACGGUGUGACAUGUACGUGGGUUGGGCUGUGUAACAUUAACAAUGGAGGAUGUCAUUCAUUGGCCACGUGCCAGGAAUCACCAGGUGUGCAGGGUGUGAUUUGUACCUGUCCGCCGGGAUAUGUGGGUAACGGUCAGGGAUCCACUGGAUGUGUUAGUCAGGGUACAACAGAUGGGGCAUGUGCCAGUAACCCCUGUAGAAAUGGGGCUUUGUGUCAGAACUCGGGAAGCAGCUUUAACUGUGUGUGCCAGCCCGGCUACGAGGGAAACCAGUGCCAGACAAACACUAAUGAAUGUGCCAGCAAUCCAUGUCAAAAUGGGGGUACUUGUACCGAUCGUGUCAAUGGCUACGUGUGUACCUGUACCAGCUCACACACAGGGAACAACUGUGAAGAAGAGACUCAGUCUUGUGGUGGUGUGUUGACGAGUGAGUCUGGUUCACUAAGUUAUCCUGAGCAGACGGGUGUUUCCUACCCUCACGGUGUCAGCUGUUCCUGGCGGAUUGUCUCCACCCCGGGGAAAAUUAUCAGUGUCACAUUCUCCUCAUUCAGCAUUGAGAAUCACCCCAACUGUGACUAUGACUACCUACAGAUUCACGACGGUCCAAGUGCCACCGCCCACAAGAUUGGGACAUAUUGUGGUGACACGCCCCCUGGGCGGGUUAACAGUACCCAGCAUAGGAUGUACCUUUGGUUUUUCAGUGACCAAUCUGUUGCGUCUGAUGGAUUCUCUUUGAACUGGAUCUCAGCUGAUCCAAUUUGUGGUGGACUGCUAAAUCAGGGCAACCAUGGCACCAUCUCCAGUCCUGGUUACCCUGGAAACUACCCCCACAACAGGGACUGUGUAUGGACAAUUAUGGUGUCCCCCGGGAUGAACAUUAUGUUCACAUUUGCACAUAUGGCCCUGGAGCACCAUGACAACUGUAGCUAUGACUACCUUGAGAUUCGUGAUGGAUUGGAUGAAAAUGCCCCAUUGUUAAAGAAGUAUUGCAGCACACAGUCUCCUGUUCCCAUAACGACCACCAAUCCGUACGCCCAUGUUAAAUUUCACUCGGAUGCCUCACUUUCAGACCGGGGAUUCCUCAUUACUUACGCAGCUGUGUCUGCUGGACCUCAGUGUGGAGGACAGUAUACUGCAUCAGAAGGAGUUGUGACGUCUCCGAAUUUCCCAUCCCCGUACAACCACAGAAGUGAAUGUGUGUGGACAAUCACGGUACCGACCGGAGACACAAUCACUCUGACCUUCACCACGAUAGACAUCGAGUUCGAUUCCACGUGUGGCUACGAUUUUGUGGAGGUGCGGGACGGCUCCAACGAGAUGGCCCCACUGUUUAACAAGUUCUGUGGGAACACCCUCCCAGCCCCUCUAACGUCCACUGGGAACACCAUGUUCAUCAGGUUCUCAUCUGAUGCCACUCAGACAGGGCAGGGAUUCAGGGCGACCUGGACAACAGCUUGUGGAGGAACAUUCUCGGAGCCAGAGGGAAGCUUCAGCUCCCCAUCCUACCCCAACGCCUACCCCGCCAACAAGGAAUGUGUGUACACCAUCAACCAGCCCCUGGGGUCAGUUGUCACCCUCACGUUCAGCGCUUUUGACUUAGAAGGCUCCAUUAACUGUGUCUACGACUACCUCAUGGUAUAUGAUGGAGGCAGUAUUCAAUCACCCCUCCUCGGUCGUUUUUGUGGCCCCCAGAUCCCAGAACCCAUUGCGUCCACUCAGAACAUGAUGACAGUCAGAUUUGUCACAGAUGGAUCUACACACAACACAGGAUUCAUGGCAGCAUACACAUCAUCAACUGCAGGAUGUGGAGGAAUGUUGACAGAUGAAACAGGAAGUAUAUCCAGUCCUGGUCACCCGAACGUUUACCCACAUGGUGUGAACUGUUCGUGGACAAUACAGGCCAGUCCGGGGUUGGUGGUGCGACUUUCGUUCCAUGCUUUCAGUAUAGAAUCCAAUCCUGACUGUCAAUACGAUUACGUAGAACUGUACAACAACUACACAGCUAGUCCCAACAGCCUGAUAGAUAGAUUCUGUGGCUCCGACAUGCCCCCUUCCAUUACCUCCUCCUCUAAUUUUCUGACUCUGGUCUUCGUAUCUGAUGAGAGCCUGGCGUACGAGGGAUUUUCAGCCAGUUACAUCACUCUGAAUGCCUCAACAAUUUGUGGUGCCGAACUGUCAGACUCCACGGGGAUCAUCACCAGCCCUAAUUACCCCAACAACUAUCCUCAUGAGCGGGACUGUGUCUGGACGAUUGUGGCGCAAGACGGGAACCAGAUUCUUCUUAAUGUCACUGACUUCACCCUGGAAAACCAUGCUAAUUGUAGAUACGACUUCCUAGAAAUAAGAAAUGGUGGUUUUCCCAGUUCGCCACUUGUUAAUACAUACUGUGGCACAACCAUUGACAACAUCAUAAGGUCUCAUAGCAACAGAAUGUACAUACGCUUCAAAUCAGACGCCUCUCAAUCAGCUCGAGGAUUCAGGAUUUUCUACGACACAACAGCAGAAGGUUGUGGUGCUGACUUGACCAACCCCACAGGAAGUUUUGUCUCCCCUAACUACCCUAACCAGUAUUCCCACAAUGCUGAGUGUUUCUGGACGAUCAGCAUCUCCCGUGGAAGCAGGAUCCACCUGACCUUUGUUGACUUUAACUUCGAGAACCACGUAACGUGCCAGUAUGACUAUGUAGAGAUUCGUGACAGCUCUGCAACCGGCCAGAUACUAGCCCGUUACUGUGGUAACCAAGUUCCUGACUUCAUUGACUCACUAUCCAACAAACUAUGGAUCAAAUUCCGAACGGAUCAAUCUGUGGGGGGUCGAGGUUUCCAUGCCUUCUACAGCAGUAUUUGUGACACAACUUUAACAGACUACAGUGGGGUGAUAGAGAGUCCGAAUUUCCCCAACCCGUACCCCCACAAUAGGAAUUGUACCUGGAUCAUCCAGACAACACGAGGGAACACCAUCAAUGCCUCGUUCUCUCACUUCCAGGUGGAGACUCACACCUCGUGUGCUUACGACCAUCUCCAGGUUCGUGACGGUAAUUCGAUGACUUCACGCAUCGUUGGAACAUACUGUGGCAGUGACAUUCCGUCGUCCAUUACAUCCUCCUCUGAGUACCUGUGGUUAAACUUUAUCUCGGACUUCUCUGUCGCCAGCAAUGGAUUCCGACUGGAAUACAUUACUAAUGGUUGUGGGGAUUACUUCACACAGAGCACAAACCAGUUCACCAGUCCUAAUUAUCCCAACCCCUACCCCCACAACCGGGUGUGUGUGUGGAGGAUUGAAGUAGCCACAGGACAGUCUAUAGAACUCACUAUACACGACUUCGACCUGGAGACUCACAACGAGUGUCGCUUUGAUGGUCUAGAGGUUUAUGCUGGUCGUGAUACUUCAGCACCAAGGCUGGCUCAACUUUGUCACAAGCAGACGGCAGCUCAAGUUCUCACUUCCACAGGAAAUCUGAUGUACAUCAUGUUCCGCAGUGAUAUCAGCAUCAAUGGGAAAGGAUUCCGAGCAUCAUACAAAGCUAUCACGGGAGGUUGUGGUGGAAACUUCAGCACCCCCACAGGGACUCUGAUGUCUAAGAACUACCCCCAGAACUACCCCCACAACACCGACUGUGAGUGGUUGAUUACAGUCCAGGAAAGCAAGACGGUAGUCCUGACCUUCGAAGAUUUUGAUGUAGAGAGCUCAUCUGGCUGUGGAUAUGACUAUGUGGCUUUGUAUGAUGGGGCUAUUUACUCUAACACAACGGAGCUGAUGAAACACUGCGGGAGGUCACUUCCUGUUCCUGUCAUCUACAGAAGCAAUGGACGGAACAUGUAUGUCAGAAUGAGAUCAGACGUGUCUCUCUCUGGACGCGGCUUUAAGGCGCAGUAUGUCACAGGCUGUGGUGGAACUCUAAAUGGAGAAGAAGACGGCGUCAUCAUAUCUCCAAAUUAUCCUAACUCCUACGACAGGACGAAUAACUGUACUUGGACAAUUGUGGCUGACCAUUCCGCUGACCGAAUUACUCUGACGUUCACUCACAUGGACAUUGAGGAAUCUUCUGACUGCAGAAAGGAUUAUGUACGAGUACUGAACGGAAAUGACCUGGGAGCCCCAGAGAUUGGGAUGUACUGUGGCACCACCAUUCCAAGCCCUAUCACAUCAUCAGGGUCUGCCAUCGUUGUCCAGUUUAUUUCUGACAACUCCCUUCAGAGGUCAGGAUUCCGGGCACUGUACACUAAAUCAUUGUCUAGUUGUGGUGCUGACAUUACAGCACAGAGUGGGUACAUCUCCACCCCAGGAUACCCCAACCAGUAUCCCCACAGCACAGAAUGUGUGUGGACCAUCCGAGUCCCACCGGGAAACAGGGUCGGCAUCUCAUUCCAGACAUUCAACAUCCUGUAUCAGCCAACCUGUAACUCGGAUUACGUAGAACUGAGGGAAGGCAAUGUUCACGGUCGAUUGAUUGGCAGGUACUGUGGCACCAGAUUCCCCGGAAAUCUGACUGCUUCUGACGGACUCUGGAUCAAGUUCCGCUCGGAUGCCUCCGGAUCAGGAACUGGAUUCCUAGCAGAAUUCAAUACAAUGUAUGGUGGUGCUAUUACUGGAAGUUCGGGACAAGUUGCCUCCCCUAACUACCCCAGCCAGUACCCCCACAAUGUUAACUAUGUCUGGACAAUUACUGUGGACAUUGGACUUAGGAUCAGAGUGACCCUCACCUCCAUAGAUAUCGAAUCUGUCGCCAACUGUUACUAUGAUUACAUCAGAUUUCUGGAUGGUCUUGAUGCUGACAGUAUUGAGGUGGGCAAAUUCUGUGGAACAUCCGUCCCACCCCCGUUCCUGAGCACCGGCAAUGUCCUAAGGGUGGAGUUCCGGUCAGACUCCUCCAGCUCCGGUCAGGGCUUUCUGUUCCAGUGGGCUGCCACCGGUGAUCAAAUUCUUUCCACCACACCAGCCCCAGGAUCCACCACUCCAAUCCCUGGCUGUGGAGGACGUCUCGGGGCCACUAACCAAGACAACACUUUUACCUCCCCUGGGUACCCAGAUGGUUAUGCUAAUAACCUGAACUGUCUCUGGGUUGUUACCACACUCCCUGGUAACCGGGUUUGGCUCAACAUAACCAACAUUGAUCUGGAGGCACAUGUGACAUGUUCCUUCGAUAAAAUCACGAUUUAUGACAACGCCUAUGGAACAGGUCGUGUCCUAGGUCAAUUUUGUGGCAGGGAGCCAAACCCCACCCCCAUUCUGUCUACCAGUAAUUACGCCUCCAUCAGAUUCCAGACCGACGCCUCUAUCAAUCGGACAGGAUUCGCUGUCAAGUAUCAACAGGCCUGUGGGGGCCGUCUGGAGAUGAAUCAGGGGGUGAUCGCCAGUCCUGGAUAUCCCAGUCCCUACCCCGGGGACCAGACCUGUGAGUGGGUGGUGCAGGUCACCACUGGACGAACUGUCGAGGUGACCUUCAACACCUCCUUCAACAUUGUGGGGUCUGUUAGCGGAUGCGAGGGCGAUUAUAUUCAGCUGCUGAAUGGUGACAAUGAAAAUGCCCCACCCCUUGGGGGUAGUGCUAAUGGCCGUUACUGUGGAAACCAAAGCCCAUCUAGCAUGGUAACUGGAAGUAACAGACUGUACAUCAAGUUUGUAUCAGACAAUGCUGGCUCGGCGACAGGCUUCCGGCUGACGUUCCGAGAAGUUCAUGUAGAGUGUGGAGAAAGUAUUCAGCUGACUCACGACGUGCCACAGACCUAUAUCAUGUCACCAAACUACCCAUCUCUCUAUCCACAUAAUGUGGAUUGUGUGUGGACAAUCCUAGCCCCAGCGACAGAAAACAUACAAGUGGAGUUUAAUGAAAACUUCAACAUCGAGAAUCAUCCCAAUUGUAAUUAUGAUUACAUUGAGUUCCGUGACGGAGGAACGGCAAACUCCCAGCUGAUUGGUCGAUAUUGUGGAUCCACACGACCAAGCACAACAAAAUCCACAGACAAUGUGCUCUAUGCACGCUUCAGGACUGAUAACAGUAUCCCGAGGGCUGGAUUUAAGGCCCAGGUUCAUCUGGCUCGCUGUGGUGGAACAUAUGUCGGUCAAACUGGUCUGAUCGCUUCUCCAAGUUUCCCAGCAAAUUAUGGAAAUAAUGAGAAUUGUGAAUGGAACCUGCAAGGCCCCACAGGUCAUUUCCUGACCUUGACCUUCCUAAGCUUUAACCUGGAAGCUAAUGCCAACUGUAACUCGGCUGACUACUUGGAGAUCAGAGACAUCAAUGCUACAGGUCCGGUUCUGUUGACUGGGUGUGGCUCACAGGUUCCCCCGCCCAUCCUGACAUCAGACAGUUACGCCCAUGUCAGAUUUGUGUCAAACAAUGCUAACACAUACCCAGGCUUCCAGAUGAAGUUCGAAGCCAGUGUGGAAGAGUGUGGAGGCGAACUGACCACCAACACUGGCACGUUUACCUCCCCUAACUUCCCCGGGCAGUACCCACACGGUCGUCUGUGUACCUGGUUGAUCCGCGUGUCUCCAGGCAGAAGAGUUUCUCUGACAUUUGAGGAUUUCAACAUUGAAGACGGCUCUUCUCGUUGUAUCUACGAUUAUGUUGUGGUAUAUAACGGAAUCAUGAGCGACUCUCCCAGUAUUGGUCGUUUCUGUGGUGCUAAUCUACCCACAGUUGUGGAAUCCAGCGGCAACAUGAUGAAGGUCAUCUUCCGUACGGACGGUUCCAUUAGUAAUGGUGGAUUUAGAGCUCGCUACACAUCACUCAACGAACAAAGAUGUGGUGGGAUACUGACACGCCCCCUUGGUAAUAUUUCGUCUCCUGGAUACGCUAGAGGAAACUACAGUAACAAUGAAGAAUGUGUGUGGUACUUAAACAACCAAAACCAGACCAGUUCUUCCAUCUUUAUUGUGUUUAACACCUUACAAACGGAAUGGCAGGCUAGAUGUGGCUUCGAUUUCCUCGAAGUUAAGGAAGGUAACUCAGAAAAUGGACAGUUAAUUGGGCAAUACUGUGGAAACACGACCUUACCUGACCCGAUUAUUUCUCCCUUGGCCAAUCUGUGGAUGAGGUUUCGGACCGACAUGUCUAUCGUAGAUAAAGGAUUUCUGCUGAACUACGCAUACACAGAUUGCGGAGGUGUCCUGACAGCAGAAAGCGGAGAAAUCCUGAGUCCUAACUUCCCGUUUAAUUACAAUCACAGCGAUGCAUGCGCCUGGUUAAUACUGGCUCCAGAAGGCUCUAGAAUUCAGGUAACCUUCAAAAACUUUUCCCUGGAGAGUCACCCUAACUGUGCCUUUGACUACGUGGACAUCCUGAAUGGACGCUAUGUGAGCUCGCCCUCUAUCGGUAAACUGUGCGGGACCACAGUACCCCAACCAUUCACAUCACAAAGUAAUGGAAUAAGAAUCAUCUUCAAAACGGACUAUAGCGUGGCAGCCAACGGCUUCAAAAUUCAGUACAGCUUUGUGACAGGAGGAUGUGGGGGUUUGUAUCACAGCAGCACAGGCCUUAUCUCCAGCCCCAACUACCCAUCCAGUUACCCCCACAACACUGAGUGUGUCUGGGACAUCAAUGUACAAGAGGGCUACCACGUGGUCCUUAACUUUAUCCCGCCCUUUGACAUGGAGGCACAUGGUAGCUGUACAUAUGAUUAUGUGGAGGUGGAUGAUGCCCUGAGAAAUGGAACCCUGGUAAAUCUAGGUCGGUGGUGCAGUAAUCUGACUCCACCUCCACAGAAGUCCUCCUCCAGCCAGAUGGUAGUCAAGUUUCGCUCUGAUCCUACCAUCAAUGGAAACGGGUUUGCUGCUAACUGGACGUCAGGCUGUGGAGCAUUAUUUACAGAAGAUAAAGCAGACUUUGUGUCACCGGGUUAUCCCAGUCAAUAUGGACAUAACUUAAUGUGCAAUUACACGAUCUCCGUGGAUCCACAGAGAUUUAUUGUGUUCACUUUUUAUAGUGUCAAUUUCCACAUUGAAGGUGGUGUUGGAUGUCCCUAUGACUAUGUUCAGGUGUUUGCUGGGAACGACUCUAGUGGACGACAGCUGGGUAAAUUUUGCGGGAACGAUGUGCCCGAUCCUGUCAGCUCAUUGGGUACCAUGUUUAUUCAGUUCGUCACAGACAGGAACACAGCUUUUUCUGGAUUCAAAGCCCAGUACCGAGUGUCAGAUUGCGGUGGAGAUUACACAGAAGCCUAUGGUACGAUUCAGACCCCCACCUACCCAGACAGGUACCACCAUCGGGCCAACUGUACCUGGCUUAUUACAGUGGCUGAAAACAGAGUGGUGGAUCUCAGGUUUUCCUCGUUUGAGAUUGAGGCCCACCCGUCCUGUGGGUACGACUAUGUGGAUGUCCGAGAUGGUAAUACCCUCCAGUCCUCACUCCUGGGUCGGUUUUGUGGUAAUGUCGUCCCUGGCCGUCUGAGGAGUACGGGAAAUUCCAUGCUGGUCAACUUUGUCACAGAUGCAUCAGUGGCGUUCGGUGGAUUUAUAGCAAGCUACUGGACAACGUACGGCGUAAACCAGGGCUGUGGGGGUGUACUGAAUUCAACCUCGGGUCGCUUUGGCUCCGUGGACAUGGACAGAGAUGGGAUAUAUGAUGCCCAGAGCUGUGAGUGGACAAUCAUUGUUGGCGAUAAUAAGGUGGUCAAUCUUCGAUUUGAGAGUAUGGACUUGGAGCAUGCCAUGGACUGUCGAUACGAUUAUGUACUGGUUCACGAUGGACUGAGUGUUGACGACCCACUGAUUGGAAGAUACUGCGGAAACCAGCUCCCUUCUCCCAUUAGAUCCACUUCCAACGUUCUCUACGUCAGAUUCGUGGCGGAUUAUACCAUACACGGCACCGGAUUCAAUGCCACCUACCAGCAAGAGGAUGCUCUGUGUGGAGGGGCGUUUUCUGCUACAGACAGCCCCCAGACCAUCAGCUCGCCCUCCUAUCCGCGUCCCGUGGGUCAGGACUUGCGGUGUCGUUGGACAAUCGACACCGGGGAUAGCUCCAAUCAGAUUCGUAUUUCUUUCACUGGACUAAACCUCAUCAGUGAUAACAACUGUUCUGUAGAAUUUAUAGAACUCCGGGACUCUCCACUGGGAUGGAAUGGGCGGUCUCACCUAUACUGUGGUACCAACCUGCCUCCUCCGUUUGACUCAGCAGGACGAAUGCUGCAGGUUAAUUAUGCUGUGACGUCUACCUCAGGAAGUCAGGGGUUCUCUCUAAAGUACCAAGUAGCCAAUUGUAACAGAACCUACACUGGCACUGGGGGUAAGAUCUUCAGCCCUGGAUGGCCAGGGAACUACCCAAGGAACAGCUACUGUGAGAUGUUGAUAAUGGCGCCCUCUGGAACAUUUGUCACACUUUACUUUAACUACUUCUACAUCGAGUCCCACGCCAGUUGUCGCUAUGAUUAUCUGGAGAUACGUAAUGGUUCUGCAGCCUCAUCCCCGAUCGUAGAUCAGUUGUGUGGAAACACAAUACCAAACCCAGUGUUUGCAACAGGAAACAGUUUGUGGAUGAAUCUGGUGACAGAUUCCUCGAUAUCUCACCGUGGUUAUGACAUCACAUGGACGGCUUCCACAUCGGGUAUGGGUUGUGGGGGAAACAUCACUGGAAUAAAUGGCAGUUUGACUAGUCCUAACUACCCCGGCAACUACACAGAGCGCCACAGCUGCCGUUGGUUUAUUACUGCACCUGCACGACGCAUUAUCACAGUCACAUUUACCAACAUCAAUAUUCUUGGAAGUCCGGACUGUAACCGUGCAUACGUUGAAGUACAUAAUGGAAACAUGGAUGGAUCACCGUCAUUUGGAAGAUACUGUGGAAAUGUGAGUUCAAGCCGUCUUGAUAAAGUAAACUCCUUUAAUUACCAAAAAUACACAGGGUCAGUGAUUGGAUAUAAUUGUAUUUCUUUAAUUUUAUUUGUUGCUAAAAAUUACAUCCCAUUCAAGAAUUAUUCGCAUAUGUAGAGGCAUUAACAGCUUCAGGUGAAGUGCCAAAAAUGUUUACCUAUGCGUGGCACUUAGUUAUUUGAGUGAGCUUUUUUAUCAUGUCAGUGUUUACUGUUACAUGGGAUUUCCAUUUCUUAGUUAUUUGAGUGAGCUUUUUUAUCAUGUCAGUGCUUACUGUUACAUGGGAUUUCCAUUUCUCUCAUCAUAUCCAAAAGACCUGUGACUUUUCUUGGAGAAGAAACAGUAACUACCUAUGUUAAACAUCUGAACUUUGACAAGGGAUCGAAAAUUGAACCCAGCCCUGAAAGUUGAAAAGCGAGCAUUGACCGAUAUAUUUCUUAUAUUGUGUUACAACUGUGAGAGCAUGUUUAAAACAAAUUACUUGAUAAAUAUAGUGCUGUACUUUAUAUGCAACUGAUUUCUAAAGUUCAUCAACUGUAGUGCCUGCAUGUAAUACUGUUGAAUUAUGAGGUUGUGAGUCCAUCUACUUAUCCAUUAAAACCGUAGUGUUGCUUACUUUGAAGUUCGCAUUGUGAUAAUAGGACAAUGUUGUAUUUGCAAUGUUGAUACACCUGUUCACACUUUGCUUUGUAUCAGAAGAAAGUCUUGUUUUAAUGAAACCUGCUGUUCACCACAUAUCUUUACCAUAUUUUGCAGGAACAGCCACCCCCACUGAGAGCCACUAGUAACAGGGUCCUUGUAAAAUUCUUCACAGACGGAUUGCACUCCGCACCAGGAUUCCGACUACUGUACACCAGCUAAAAUGGUCUGGAUAUAAGCCAUCUGAACUCUGAAUGCCUUGUACAUCUACAAGACUUAAAUGGCUGUUACAAACUGUGAUCAACUUAAUCUUGUAUAUUCCAUUAAUAAGUGUCUGUAUAUAACGUCAUCUAUAUGUCAUCAAAAAGUAUGCUGAUCAUUGUCAUCAAUUCAAACUGCAGUAAAACAUUGAUUUUUCCUAUGUAUAUCUGAUUACAAUCACUUUCUACGUGUAUUACAUGUAGUUAUGCAGAUUUGUAACAUAAGAAUAAAAUGUUUAUUUUGUUAUUAUAAAAA